AAAAUCAUGUUGGCAAUUCAUGCUGCGCAGCAACCCGUAAAUAUUUUGAAAAGUUAAAACAAGAAUCAGAACAAAAUCAUACAAAUCCACAUAAUAUAUUAACUCAAGUAAACAUUGGUGUACCAGAUGAGGUACGUGUUCAAUUACCAACGAAUGAUAGUUUAAAACGAAAUGUUCGUCGUUGGCGUCAAGUAACUACUACUGAACCAACACCAACAACCUUUGAUUUUCCAGUUAUUCCAACAAAAUAUCAUCAAACAACUCGUAACACUAUGUUUUUUCGGAAAGAUACAGGUCCAGGUUUGAACAGAAUGUUAUUGUUUUUCACUGAUGAACAACAGCAAAUUAUGGAAAAUGCUACAGUAAGUUUUUAA